CUUUUUAUUUGGGUUUUCCCCUGUUUCACUGCUUUGGACUGGAAAUGCAGAAACCCUACGUUUCUCCCUCAAAGGAGACCGCUUUUAACGUUCUGGGUCUGCGCAUUUUCUGUGUGUUGUUGGGGUAUGUCUGAAGACUCUGAACUCGAGUGGGUUUAUUGCAGCUUUUACUGCGAAGUAGGAGAGUGGUUAGAAACGCAUUUGGGAAGAGAAAAGAAAGAGUAGGAAGAAGAGAUGAACAGUGCGUCGGCGGCGGCGGCGUCUACCGGAAGCCGGCCGUCGUUUACGGCGUCGCAGUGGCAGGAGCUUGAGCAUCAAGCUUUGAUUUUUAAGUAUUUAAUAGCGGGUUUACCAGUUCCACCUGAACUCGUUCUCCCCAUUCGGAAGAGCUUUGAAUCUAUGUCGGCGAGGUUCUUCCACCCUUCGAGCAUGGGCUAUUGUUCCUUCUAUGGGAAGAAGGUAGACCCAGAGCCGGGUAGAUGCAGGAGGACCGAUGGGAAGAAGUGGAGGUGCUCCAAAGACGCCUACGCGGAUUCCAAGUACUGUGAGCGGCACAUGCACAGAGGCCGCAACCGUUCAAGAAAGCCUGUGGAAACGCAAACUAUCUCUCCGUCGUCAUCGACCGUGACUUCACUUACCACCACCGGAAGCAGUAGUGGCAGUGGUGGCGGCGCCGUCGGUGGUGGCGGCAGUGGUGGUGGUGGAUGCUUCCAGAGCCUGCCCUUGCACUCAAUUAGCAAUCCUCAGGGGCACUGUUCUGGAGGCAAUCUAUCUCAGUUGCAGAUGCAGAUGGAGCCUGUCUCCUAUGGGAUUGGUAGCAGAGAUUACAGGUAUCUCCAUGGACUCAAAUCUGAUGUGGAUGAGCGUAGUUUCUUCUCAGAAGCUUCUGGAAGUUUAAGGGGCAUUGGGAUGGACUCUUCUCUAGAUAACCCAUGGCGUCUGAUGCCAUCAAGAGUCUCCUCGUUCCCUCCAUCAAAAUCUAGAAAUGGCUCCAUUUUGGAGGCUGAGUACCCCCAGCUACACUCAUUCCAAGAUCUCGGCCAUGAAAUGAUUACUACUGCUUCACUGGCAAAGCAACAGCAGCAUUGUUUCUUUGGCAGUGAAUUCGGUUCAUCAGAGCCUGUAACUGUAAAACAGGAAGUUCAGUCUCUGCGACCAUUUUUCGAUGAGUGGCCAAAAACCAGAGAUUCGUGGUCCGAUCUUGAAGAUGAUAGGUCAAACAGGACUUCAUUCUCUACAACUCAGCUCUCUAUUUCCAUUCCAAUGGCAUCCUCAGACUUCUCUGCAGCGAGUUCUCAAUCUCCCAAUGAUGAUUGAUGGACAUGUUCCUAUGAACUUCGGGAAACAUCUUUCAUUCGGAUCAUGCAUGAUGCUGUGAUGCUGUUCGUCGACUGGCCGGACUCUGCUCUGUCGAGGAAUGCCAUUCUCUGUUCUUAACAUU